AUGUACCUCCUAGCGCUCAACUGCGGCAGCUCCAGUAUCAAGGGCAAGCUCUUCGACCUGCCGCCGGCAGCGACGCCGGCCGACUUGGACGUGCCGCUCAAUGGGGCCGCGACCAUUGCCGUGUCCAACAUUGGGUCCAAGGGCGACAAGGUCGUCAUCAAGGUCUCGUGGGAGGCGGGACGCGGGCAGGACGUGAAAGAGGAAGGCGCGGAGGGCAGCACGGUCGAGCACCGCGACAUCUUCCCCAUCCUCCUCAAGAACCUUGCGGGCUCGGGCGGCGUCCAGGGCAGCGAGAUCAAGUACAUCACACACCGAAUCGUGCACGGCGGUCUCAACAAGAAACCACUGAUCGUCACCCACGAACACGAGGAGGCGCUCACCGAGAUGGACGCGCUCAGCGAGUUUGCGCCGUUGCAUAACCACCACGCCGUCCUCGGCGUGCGCGCCUGCCUCGAGGCGCUGCCAGAGCACACGUCGGUGCUGCUCUUCGACACGCUCUUCCACCAAACGCUCCCGCGCGAGACGUACACCUAUGCCCUCCCGCCGCCCGAGCUGGCGACGGCGAUCCCGCUGCGCAAGUACGGGUUCCACGGCCUGUCGUAUGCGUCCAUUGUGCGCAGCCUGAGCGCCAACCUCGGCAAGCCCGCCAGCGACAUCAACGUGGUCGUCGCGCACUUGGGCAGCGGCGCCAGCGCGUGCUGUAUCCUCGGUGGCAAGUCGAUUGAUACCACCAUGGGUCUCACCCCGCUCGAGGGACUCGUGGGCGGCACGCGUACCGGUACCAUUGACCCAACGGCCAUUUUCCACCACACAAAGGACCCAGGCGGCGACGCGGGGCUCAAGGACAUGCACGUGACGCGUGCCGAGCUGGUCAUGAACAAGAAAUCCGGCCUGACAGCGCUGGCGGGUACCCAGAACUUUGGCCUGAUCACCCAACGCAUCGCCGACCCGUCCACCUGCAGCCCCGAAGAGGGCGCCGCCGCGCAGCUCGCGUACGACGUCUUUGUCGACCGCCUCAUGGGGUUCCUGGCCGCAUACCUCUCCAAGCUGCUGUACCGCGUCCCGCUCGCUAACGUCGCGCUGGCGUUUUCGGGCGGCAUUGGCGAAAACUCGGCGCAGCUGCGCGCAGACGUGCUGGCGCGCCUGGGGUGGCUGGGCGCCGAGGUGGACGCGGGCAAGAACGCGGCCAGGGCGCAAGACGGCGAGGUGGUGCGCACCAUCUCCACGGCCGGCAGCAAGCUCAGGACAUAUGUCGUCUUGACGGACGAGGAGGCGCAGUGUGCGCACAUGGCGCGCGAGGCGCUCAAUAUCUAG